CGCCUAUUGACUCAGAGCUUUGAAUCUUUGCUGGACUGGAUUUAUCCUUGCUCAAGCGUUUUCCUUCGGCCAUUCGUUCCACCAGAAGGUGAGCGCAUGGCCGCGGAUGAAGGUUUCAGUCAGUGAGAGCUGGUGAAGGGUGGCCUAUGGUUGGGUCAUGGGCAGCUGUGUGGCCACACUCCGCGGGGCACGGAAAGUGCCACUUGAAAGCCAGCGCCUGAAGAGCCAGAAAGAGGAUAAGGCUGACCUAUUGGAGGAAAUCGAUGAAGUACCCAGUUUUGCCAUCUACAUUAUUGACAACAAAGGCGAUAUCGAGGACUUCUAUGAUGUAGAGGAUACUAAGAUUGGUGAAGGCUCCUUCGGGCGGGUCUGCAGGUGCACGAACAAGUCCACUGGUGCGGAACGUGCCGUCAAAAUGCUGCGAAAAGUGCGCCGAAAGUCGCAGUUGAUCAUGUUUCAGAAUGAGCUCUCCACCUUAAAGAUGCUCGACCACCCACACAUUGUUAAGCUGUAUGAACACUUCGAGGACAAAAGGUAUAUGUACAUGGUCAUGGAGUACUGUCGAGGGGGUGAGUUGUUCGACCGGCUCUUGGAAGUGGGGCACUUUACGGAAAACCAGGGUGCAGUCAUAAUGCAGCAGAUCUUCCGUGGAGUGUACUACCUCCACACCAUGAAGGUCGUACAUCGAGACUUGAAAAUCGAAAAUUUCAUGUUCGCUGGUGAAGGUCCUAUAGAAGCCAACAUGAUCAAGAUCAUUGACUUUGGGUUUGCACGGUCCUUCAAAGAGGGCCAGUUUCUGAAGACGAAAGUGGGCGCGCCAUAUUUUGUCUCUCCACAGAUCCUUGCUGGGAAGUACACUGAGGCGACGGACAUGUGGACUGUUGGCACUAUCAUGUACAUCUUGCUGUGCGGCUAUCCACCUUUCUUUGGAGAUUCCGAUGCCGAGAUCUUGUCGCGGGUUCGUUCUGGGAACUUCAGCUUCAACGAUGCGGACUGGAGGCAUAUCUCUGACAUGGCCAAGGAUUUGAUCCGUGGUCUUCUUCGAAUGAGUGAGAUAGAACGCGUGAGUGCCAAACAGGCCUUGUUUGAUCAAUGGAUCAUCCAGACAGCACCUGUCUUGAGAGCUCCCUUGAAGCAGAAGUACUUUGAGAACAUGCGCAAGUACGUAGGGUUCAACAAAUUCAAGCAAGCUACUUUGCAAAUCAUUGUUUCUCAGUUGGAACCAGAGAUUGCAAAGCCCUUGAUUGAUACCUUCAUGUGGAUAGAUAGCUCGGGAGAAGGACAUAUUGAUGCGGCGGAGAUAGAAGCAGGUAUGAAGAGGGCUGGAUGGACCGAGAUCGAAAUCCCCGAGGAUUUAGAGGAGAUGGUGAAUAGCUUGGAUGCUGAUGGCAGCGGAGAGAUUGGGCUUGGAGAGUUUGUGGCAUCGAUUCUGGACCUACAGGUCUACGCGCGGGAGGAGACCUGUUGGGCAGUCUUCCGCAUCUAUGAUCAAGAUGGCGAUGGAUUGUGUCUUGGGGGAAGCCACAUGAGUAAAGCUGAUUUGCAACACUGGACACAUUCCCAAGUCGAGAUGAAAGAAGACCAACCGAGGAUCGGAAAUACUGACGUUUACAACAUUUUGAACAAUGGUCAGCCAGAGGAGGCCAUCAGUGCACACGAGUGUCGGGAGCUCAUCAAAGAAGCGGAUGAGGAUGGAGACAAGAGGAUCAGCUUCGCGGAGUUUCUGAACAUGAUGAAGGGUGUCUCAGGGAACAAGAAGGAAAAGAAGAAGGGAAGUGGGCAAGAAUUUGAUAUCCAAAUCGACAUGAUGGACGACUUGGCAAACAUCAACACGGAGCAUGAAGCUGAAAAUGCUUUCAACAGCACAGAGGACGAGAACCCUCUAUCCCAAGCGGCUGAGCGCCUAUCCCAAGAUGCAGCACUGAGCCUGCAGGAACUGCCACAUCUGGAGGCUGUGGAGGAAGCUAUGGCAAAAGUUGAGCACACUACACCAGCAGAGGAUGUGCUCCCAGCGGAGGAUGCGGUGCCAAAGGCUGACAUCCCGCCAGCAGAGGAGGUGGCGCCGGCAGAUGAUAUAGCACCAGUGGAGGAUGUGGAGGGCGUGGCUGACAUGGCACCUGAGGAUGUGGCGCAGGUGGAUGAUGUGGCACCAAUGCAGGGCAAUACAGUGGAGGAGGAGGUGGCACCCACAUCUGAGAGCGAGCACUUGCUUAGAUGAGAGCAGCAAAUGCAGGAGUCUUUGCUUUUGCCCAAGCAAACAACCGUCAUGAGCGCCUUGUUCGAGGGCCAGAAAUUCAAUCAAACAACAGAUUCCUGUUCCUCGAAUCAGCCUUGGUCUGAAAAAUAUCUCAUUCGUGUACAAACGAAGCUCCUUUUUGCAGGUGGCAGUGAACUCAGUGAACUCGCCUAAGGCGACCGAUCGGAGGAUUUUCGCGCCA